GGCAAUUGUUGACAAUCACGAGACUCGUUUACUCCCACGUGUCGUAAUGAUCAUCGCCAAACAUCAUGGCCCUGUCGUCCUUUAUGAGACAGGAAAGUUGCCAUCGACAGAGGCAGGAAAGUCUGAAAUUUGGCCAGAUCAGAGAGAGAAGGAAAAAAAAAUACCACACACACACAUGCGCAUAGAACCCGCCAGUAAGCAAUGCGCUGACCCAAUCGCGUCAAAGAAGACCAAGUAUCGUUGCGGCGAGCAACAGCGUGACGCAGAGUCACGCCAAAUGGAGAGUAAAAUUAAGCUGCCAAUACCCUCCUGCCUGUCAAGUCUGCAAGUGCGACGCUUCCGGGAGAAUUACCGAGUGGGAGAACGCCGCCAUCACGCGAUUUGCAUCCGUGACGGCUGGCUGGAGUUCCACCUGAUAUGUGUGGAGGAGGCGCAACGUAAAAUAUUUGCCACUAAUUCCAAGACUUCAGUGAGACGCUCAAAAGCACCGGGAAUGUCUGGAAGCGAGCCAAAGGUCUUGCUGGACGGAGGCCAGGAGGAGGCGAAAGAGAGAAUAACACAGGAGAGACAUUGGGAGGAGAGAGGAACUGGCGAGGCGGAGGAGAAAGCCAAGGACCGCGAGGAGAACAAAGGUUGUGAUCAUGAGGCAAUGGAGGCAAAAAUUAGUGACAGUGAGGAAAAGGAGAAUCACCUUUUGGAGGUGGUGGAAAUUGAUUGGCAGAAGGAGGAGAAAAAGGAGCAGAAGGGGCACCAGGAGCAGGAGAGUAGCCAGGACAAGAAGAACGACCAAGUGGAGGAGAAAAGCAGCGAGGAGGAGAAAGCGGGUGAGCAGGAAGAGGAGGAAAUCAGGGCUUACAAUGAGGAGGAAGUGCGGGGAGACCGGAUGAAGGAGGAGAAUGAGAGUGAGCAAGUUGAGGGGAAGAAAAAUGCUGACCGGCAGGAGGAGGAGAACAUGAUCAACCAGGAGGAAGAGGAGGAAACCAAGGAGCAGAAAGAUUGCCUUGAUGAAGAGGACGAGGUAGGGAAAAGGAAUGACCAACAGGAGGAGUACACCGAUUUGGGGAAGGAUAAAGAGAGCGAGCGUGAAGAUGAGAAGAUCAUCGAGCAAGAGGAGGAGGUUGAUGAUCACGGAGAUAAGGUAAAAGGCGAUCAAGAGGAGAAGCAGAUGAGGAAAGAGAGUGAUCGUGAGGAGAAAAUGGGAAACCAGGAGGAUGAGAAGGACGCGUGUGAUUGCCAAGACGUUAAAGAGAGUGACCGAGAGGAAGCGGAGGAGAAAGACAAGGAUCACAAAGAGGAGAAAAGGCAUGACGAGGAGGUGACAGACUGGUUGAAGGAGAAGAAACAGCAUGAUCGUGAGACGGAGGAGGAGGCCGAAAAUCUUGACAAUCAACAGAAGAUAAACAACCGGGAGGAGGAGAAAAGAAAUGAUCGGGAGGAGGAGCUUGACCCGGUGAAGGAGGACAAAGGUGAGCGGGAGCUGAAGAAAGAGAGUGAUCAUCAAGCGGAGAACAAGAGGGACCAGGACAAAGGAAGUGAGCAAGAACACGAGAAAACACAUGACCAGGAGCGAGUGGAGGAGGCGUCAGAGAAAGAUCACAAAGAGGAGAAAAAGAGUGCCCAGGAGGAGAAGAGAAAUGACCGAGACGAAGAAGACAUGGACUGGAUGAAAGAAGAGAAAGGAAGGGAGCUAAAUAAGGGGAAGGAGGAGGACAAGGGUGAAGAAGAAGAAGAAGAAGAAGAAGAGGAGCAGGGGGAUCAUGUAGAAGACAGAAGAGUCCAGCAGGAGGAGAAAAGGAAAGACAGUGAGGAGAAGAAAGGGAGAGAUCCUUCUGAGGAGGACAAGGAUGAACAGAAGGAAGAGGACAACGGGACUGACAAAGAGAAAAGCAAGAACCAAAGCGAGGAGGAGAUUGGCUGGGUGACUGGGGACAAAGAAGGUGAUCAUAUUGAGAAGAAGAAGGAGGAGCAGGAGGAGAAGAGAAAUGACCGAGACGAAGAAGACAUGGACUGGAUGAAAGAAGAGAAAGGAAGGGAGCUAAAUAAGGGGAAGGAGGAGGACAAGGGUGAAGAAGAAGAAGAAGAAGAGGAGCAGGGGGAUCAUGUAGAAGACAGAAGAGUCCAGCAGAAGGAGAAAAGGAAAGACAGUGAGGAGAAGAAAGGGAGAGAUCCUUCUGAGGAGGACAAGGAUGAACAGAAGGAAGAGGACAACGGGACUGACAGAGAAGAGAAAAGCAAGAACCAAAGCGAGGAGGAGAUUGGCUGGGUGACUGGGGACAAAGAAGGUGAUCAUAUUGAGAAGAAAAAGGAAGAGCAGGAGGAAAGGGAGAGUGGUCAUGGAGAUGAGCCGAAGAAUGACAAGCAGGAAGAGGACGUGGGGAGUGCAGAAGAAAGAGGCGAGGAGGUGAACGAGGAGGAGAAGAAUGGAAAGCUGGAGGAAGAGCGAGACAAAGACGGUGCUCUUGAAGACCAGAAAGAGAGCAGUCAGGAAGAAGACAAAAAGGAGGAGGAGUUAAGGCGUGAUCACGGUGAGGAGGAGAAAAAGGGUGACCAGGAGAAGGAGAAGCAACAACAGGAAGAGAUGGACUGGAUGAAAGAGGAGAAAGGGAGUGCUCAUGCAGAGGGGGAGAAGAAAAGCAACCAGGAGCAAACGGAGAGAAGGGAGGACCAAGAGGAGAUGAUUGACUGGCUGAAGGAGAACAUAGGCGAUGACAAAGAUGGGGAGAAAAGCCACGAGCGGGAAGAAGAGUGGGAGACAAAAGUCAGCUGUUACAUUGGAGAGGAGAAAAAGAGCACCCCUGAGGUGGAGGAGAAAAGGCGUGACGACCGAGAGGAGAAACCCGACUGGAUGGAGAAAGGGACCGAGAAAUGUUGCGUUGAUCAGGAGUGGGAGCAAGCGCUAAGAGAAGGCAAUUGUGAGGAGGACGAGAACAAGAGCAACCGGGAGGAUGGGGACGAGAGGAACCACCAAGAAGAGGGGCUUGAGAAGGACAGUGCUCAGAAUGACGAGGAGCACGAGGAUAAGCAGAGUAGUCAGGAAGAGGAGGAGCAGGAGGGGAUGAAUGAAGAGCAGGAGGAGGAGAGGAGUGAUAAUGAAGAAGAGGAGAAAAAGACUGAAACAGACAAAGUGGGUGAUCAGGAGGAAGAGGAGGAGAAAAGGAGCAGCCAAGAGGAGGAGGAGGAGGAGGAGGAGAGCAAAAGCAAUGAUCACACCAAGGAGAAGAGGACCCAGGAGGACAGGAGUUACGAAAAGGGGGAGGAAAGAAGGACCAUCCAAGAGGAGAUGAAGGAGGAGGAGAAAGGGGCUGAAGAUGUUGAAGAGGAGAAAAUGGUUUGCCAAGAAGAAAAGCGGGAGGAGAGUGACCACGCCGAUGAGGAGAAUAAGAGUGGAGAGGAGGAGAGCGAGGGGAGAGACCAGGGUGAGGAGAAAGACAAUGACCGGGAGGAGAAGAGUUGCAAGGAGAAAGCUGAGGGGGAGGAGGAGGAGGAGGCAAGGCAGAAGAAAGACAACGAGCAAGAGGAAGAGAUUGACUGGGUGAGGGAGGAAACCGAGAUCGUUCUCCUGGAGGAAGAGAAAAUGUCUUGUGGGAAGGACGGUGAGCAGAUGGAGGAGGAGGAGCAAAACGAUCAUCUGGAUGACGAGACGAUUUGUUACCAUGAGGAGGCAGAAAAGAAUGAUCGAGAAAAGGAGGAGGAGGAAAACAGGAGUCCUCAUGUGAAGGAGCAUGGAGAGGAGGAGGAGGAGGAGGAGGAGGAAAUGAGCUACCAGAAGGAGAACAUGAAUGAGCAGAAGGACCAGGAAGAGGAAGAAGACAAGAGUGACUCUGAGGAGAGUGGCCCAGAGGAGGAGGAGGAGAACGAGAGAGAAAAUGACCCAGACGGGGAAGAGCGCCACCAGGCGGGGGAGGCGGAGCAGGCAGCCGAAGGGAGUGAAAACCAGGAAGGCAGGGACAGCGACGAGGAGGAGAAAGAAAGCGACAACGAACAGGGAAGUGACCGGGAUGAGGAGGAGGACAGCGAUAACGAUGAGGAGGAGGAGGAUGACACGGACAGCGAGGAGGAAGAGGAGGAGACGGACCAGGCGGAGGACGAUGACGAGAGUGACACUGAGGAGGAAAGUGACAGCGAGGGCGACAGUGGCAGUGAGGAGGGCAGCAAUCAUGAGGAGGAGAACGAUGGUGGCCAGGAAAAAAAGGAGGAGGAGAAAGAGGAGGAGGAGCAGCAGGAGGACGACCGCAAGGAAAGGGAGACAAACACAGUGCAAGGGGCAGUGCAAGAGGAGGAGGCCAUGGAGGUCGAUGAGAACUACCUUGAGGAGGAGAUGGGGAGGGAAAGCAACACCAAGGCAAUGGGCGACCACGACAAGGAGACCGACUUUGAGGAGGCGCCCGUGGGCCGAUGGAACGAUGCGCUGAGGAGGCUUUGGGUGGAACGCUGGUUGAGGGCAAGGAGAGAGAACGGGAGGCGAUGGGUGGUCAUGAGGGGGAGGAGGUACAGAGCAAUGAGAAGGCGCUGGAUGACCACCAGGAGGAGGAAGAAGGCCAAGCGGAGUUUGGUCGCGAUGAGGAGGAGGGCUAAUCUAGUGAUGGAGACCCCAGAGAUCAGUCAGGCGGAGAGAUCAGAGUGGCAGGGAGGAGAACCAGGGAAGUGAGCAUGAGAGGAGAAAGAGACUCACGGGUGAGCAGGAUGUGGAAGAGGAAUAGCAAAUAGAGGUGGCAGAGGAACAUGAGAGGAGCAAAGAGGAGGUGAAAGCUAGAAAAGCAACAAGAUCAAGCGCAGAAGUAGGAACAACAACAACAAGGUGAAAAACAAAGUGGAAGAAAAGACAGAGGACAAAAAAGGAGGACGAAAAGGGGGUAGGCAGCCUUACAAUGAGGCAAACAACAUUGCCGAAUAUGAGUGUAAAUAUGACCAGAGUAUGACAAAUGACUUGACUUGCCAUGUUUAUAUCACCUUGUUUGCACAUUCGAAUCAUUUAUCGUGUCACGUCAUAAAAUAAGCAAUAAAUCCACUUCACCAAAUUAUGAAC